UGAAAAAAAAGUGACGUAAAAGUUUAAAUAAGAAUAUCUUGCAAAAUAAUCGAAAUUUUGCAAUACUAUUUUCACAACUUAUGUAUGUCCCCUAAGACAACAAAAUGGCAAAUUAUGAAGAAAAUCUGAGAAUCAAAGUUUGCCCUGUGUAUGGAACGCCAGGCAUAUGUGAGAAAUUUUUUAAUUAUUUAAAUUAUUGAAAUUUGAAAAUUUUAUACAAUCAUAGUAAACAGUGUAUGAUAUAAAUUAUUUAAUCACGUUCCGAGUUAAUUUAAUCAGUAACAAUGAUAUGUAUAGUCCAACAUUUAUAAAAUUAGAGGCUAGACUAUAGAGAAUGUGAGAUGCGUUUUAGAUGUAUUCAUUUACUUGUUUUCCUUGAAAUCCUUGAAAUAAAAACAUGUUUUACUUAUAACAGAAUUUUAUAAAAUUAUUGUUAAUUCAAUUCUCUUAAAGUUCGUAUUCAAUCACUAAACAGAAAUUUCUUUUAUAAAUUCAUAAUAAUAUACUUAUAUUGUUUAUUAUUUUUUGUUUUUUAAGCAAAGCCGUUUUUUAUAAUUAAAUUUAUAAAACAUGAAAUCAAUACUUUUUUUAUCUGCAUUUAUUCAAAUUUCUUGGACAUUUUCAACAUUUACAAUGCCACGACUCGAGAAUCCAUGUCCAAAGAAUAUGGCAGUCACUAGUGAUGAGAAAAACAAUUCUGUACCAGUUUGCAAAUGCCUAGAUACUUUCUUAAAUUAUUCUGAUGAUGAUUCUUGUUACGAUGCCUACAGGCAAGGUCCCUGCCCUUCUGAACAUUACUUAGCAUUUUCUUCAGUUACAAAAACAGCAAACUGUGAGAAAAAUCCAUGUCUUUUGGACGGUCUUGUUCCAUAUCAGAAUAAAUGCUAUUUUCUCUGGUCAGUUAAUCCACCGUGCGAAGAAGAAUCACAUCAUUUAAAUAUCAAUAGAAGCACAUUUGAAGUAGAAUGUAAUGCUGAACCUUAUUUCGGCGAUAUGAUAAGAUUGGAAACUUCUAAAUCAUGUCCAGAUAAUUCGAUGCUUAUGCCUGCAAAUGAUAAUCAAACUGAAUGGAAAUGCGAGUGUAAACCUGGUUUUCUAUUUGAUGCGAAAAAUAGUUCCUGUCACGAAGCCUACAGACAAGGACCUUGUUCUAUGGAACAUUACUUUAUCCUUCCUCCAGGUGAAAAAGAAGCAAAGUGUGAAAAAAAUUCUUGUCUCGAAGAUCGACUUGUACCUUUUGACAAUGAAUGUUACCCUUUAUAUAAAUUUGGAUAUCCUUGCAGAAUUUUUCAAUAUUUAGGUAUUGAUGAAAAGACUUUUCAAUUAAAAUGUCUGGUCUCAUUUGGACAUUACCUUCAUUAUCACCGUGGUGGAAUUAUAACUGCACCUUAUAAAACUUGUCCUCCAGGUUCUCGACGAUCAUUCAAUGGUUGCAAACGAAAAUUUCAAUAACACUAGGUUUAAAUUUUCAAUUAUGAAUAGAUCACUGGGGAGGAUGUUAGACCUGUAACCGCGAAGCGCCUCAAAAUCGAAGCAUCGCCUAUAACGCCCUCUACAGCCUAACACAUUAUAAAAAUAUUAAUUUUUUUAUGUCUUUUAAUACUUUAAAAUAAAAAUUUUUAUUAUGCAAAAAGAAUUUUUAAAUUUUAUAAUAAAAUAAGCGAGAAAAAAAUGUUGAAUUUUGACAUAUUUUGCACAAUUCUCAUGAGAAAUUCCCCUUAAGGUCCGGAAACCAGUUAAACUGCAUAUUAACUAUCUAAUCUGCGGAUUACCUGUGUAAAGUUAAUGUACGAAAUAAAACUUUUUUUCACAUUACCUAGUUAAUCUGCAAAUUACCGAUGUGGUAAUCGUUAAAGUGACAAAAACAGAUGUAACUGAAAUGAAACAAUUAUAAUUAGAUAAAGAAAUAAUUUGUUUUUAC